UUCUAACUUCAACAAACAUCGUGCAUCCGACUAUAUAUGAGGCCGUUUGAAGAAAUAUUUCAAAACCUUGAGGAGUUUAUAUAAUUCCUUUAAUUUUAAUCCAGAAUCAAAUGCUUCCGACUUCCGGAAUCCUAUAUAUUCGCGCCCUCGCCCUCGCUGCAAUUUGACGGAGUCGGUUCUCCAACCUCCGCCGUCCGGCGAACGAACUAUCACCGUCGGAAAGCAAACCGAAGCAGCUAGAUAUUUGACCUUGUUACGUUCAGUUUCUCUCUGAGGCCGGUGCCGGAAGCCGUAUACAAAUACAUUGCCAAAUCUCAAUUAUAACGUAUCUGAGUAAUUGAUCGAAGAAUCGCUUUCUUUUCCGCAGUUUGCAAUAGAUAACUUAAAAGACCCAUCCGUACUUCAUUUCCAGUUGCAAUGUCGAAGGAUAAAGACGCUACCAAUCUGUCACGCACCUUCAAAUAUCUAUUAGCUACUCAGUUCUUGUCAAGAGGAAUCCCAUUUAUAUUCAAUACAUGGAUUGUAAGGCAUCUUACAGAAGAGGACUAUGCGCUGUAUGCAGUGCAGUUUCAUCUGUUUGUCACAUGUGUUUUAUUUCUUAGCCGGGAGGGCUUUCGACGAGCAUGCUUGCGGAUGGACAUGAAAUGUGAUGGCAAUUCAGAGAAAGAAGAUGUAGUGAAGCUAAUGAAAGUAGUGUGGAUGAGUCUCCCACUUGGAAUAUUUAUUACAAUUGUAGCUUGCCUUUUUAUCUUCUGGUGGCAAGAAAUAAGCUAUUUUAGUCCAAUUGGGAAAGCUUUCUUGAUCAAUGGUGUUGCAUGCAUUUUGGAGCUCUUGGCUGAGCCUUUGUAUAUUCUUUCACAGAACUUGGUCUUGCUUGAAUUACGGCUGAUGGUUGAGACAGUAGCUACUUUUUUACGGUGCUUGACAAUUUAUUUCUUGAUUGUCAAGCAAACUGGAAUUGAAAAACCAAUCAUAUUUGCAUUGUCACAGUCUGCAUAUGGAGCCUGCUUAUUUCUUGGUUACUGGAGCUAUCUUGUUCUUUUCCAAAAGUUUAGGCGUUCUUACCUUUUCCCCUUCAGACAAGGAAAAGUGUUUGAUUUUGACCAGCAGCUGUCCAAGAUGUGUAUACUGUUUACCUUUCAAUCCUUUCGAAAGUUAAUCCUUCAGGAAGGAGAAAAGAUAGUACUUGUAUGGAUGGAUACACCAUAUAAUCAAGCUGUAUAUGGCCUUGUGGACAAAUUAGGUAGCUUAGUGGUGAGACUUGUCUUUUUACCUUUUGAAGAAAGUUCAUAUGCAACAUUUGCAAGGUCUGCUUCAGGACAAAAUUCAGAAAAAAUCAGGAAACUAGGGAAGUGCUUGACAGAGUCCCUGAAAUUAGUUUUGUUGAUAGGCCUUGUUUUUAUGGCAUUUGGUCCAAGUUAUUCUUAUUCUCUCAUUAGAUUGCUGUAUGGUGAAAAAUGGAGUGAUGGAGAAGCAUCAAUUGCCCUCCGCUAUUAUUGCUUUUAUGUCAUUGUUUUGGCUAUGAAUGGAACCUCUGAAGCCUUUAUGCAUGCAGUUGCAACAGAGAGCCAACUCAAGCGUUCAAAUGAUUCACUACUUGUAUUCUCAUUGAUCUAUAUAGUUUUGAAUGUCCUUCUAAUAAGGUUAGCUGGGGCAGUUGGCUUGAUUAUGGCAAAUUCUAUUAAUAUGACCUUGAGGAUUUUAUACUCUGCUGUAUUCAUAAAGAAUUACUUCCAGGGAUCUUCCUCAUUUUCUUUCAGCGGAUGCUUGCCUUCAGGAUGGAUUUUUGUGUUACUUUCAGGUGUAAUCACUCUCAUUUCUGAGAAUGUGUUUUUGGACCGAGAUGAUUUCUGGCCAACAUUUACAAUCCAUCUCUUCAUUGGGCUGGGUUGCUUCUGUGUCUCAUCAUAUGCAAUCUAUUGCCGGGAAAAAACUUUCAUCCGAAGAAUUAUUCGCUUUAAUGAUCACUCAGACUGAAGAGUUCUUCUGCAAAUUAACUUUGAGUUAGUUGAAGAUGGUGGAUUACCAGCUAGUUUCUCUAGGUUAUCCUAAGCAGCAGAAUAGGCAUAAACUCACUGGCCCAAAUUUUGGUACAUAUAUAAUACUACUGCAGCCAUGUUUUUCUUUAAUUAAAUUAUUGACUUAGUGAAUACAAAAUGACAAUGUGUUCUUUAUGGUUUCUGCUGUUCUCAUUUAUUUAAAUUCUUGGCGAAGUUAAGGAGCGUGUAUGGUAUCCCGUAUACAUAUCAAAUCUGAAUAUGACAUGUAUAAGGUUGGAAAAAUGGUGUUUUCUAUUGUUCCUUUGGUGACCUUUAUACUUCCAGGAAUGGUUAGAAUUUCAUCUUCUUG